AGCGCUCAAACGUCGGCUGGAAUCACACCGGGGCCUGCGCACAAGACAUUCAGUUUUCACCUUCUUGCAAAAACAGGAGAAUCAAACAUGGUUCAGUGGUCAAGCAGCGAGCGAAGUACCAUCAGCGCCCUCUGGGGAAAAAUUAAUGUCGCUGAAAUCGGACCCCAGGCUCUGGCGAGAGUUCUGAUCGUGUACCCUUGGACUCAGCGCUACUUUGGGAAAUUCGGGGACCUGUCCAGCGUCGCGGCGAUCGUGGGUAACGCCAAUGUAGCGAAACACGGCAGGACCGUUCUGCAGGCCCUGGGUCAAGCUGUAAACAACAUGGACAACAUCAAGGGCACCUACGCCAAGCUCAGCCAGAAGCACUCCGAGGAACUGAACGUGGACCCCGAUAACUUCAGGCUGUUGGGCGACUGUCUGACCGUUGUUCUAGCGACAAAGUUCGGCGCUGAAUUCCCCCCAGAAGUCCAGGCUGUGUGGCAGAAGUUCGUGGCUGUCGUGGUCAGCGCCCUUUCGAGGCAGUACUUUUAAUACCAAUAUGUGCACAAUGUUUCUGACAAUCUAUUCCUGAAUUAUUGAAUACAACAAUCAUAAUAAAGUCGCUGAUUUCACCUUA